AAUUUAAAGAUUUUAAGGGAUGAUAUUUCUACCAAGACUAAGCUAAAAUUAAUACCUGAUUAAGAUAAAAGGUAUAACCGGAACGUCAUGAAAUAUCUACAUUUUACAUUAUAGUUUUGGUCCUAUAUCAAUUUACAAUACCUAUUUCAUACAAUCCGUCAACUAUUAUUACGUUACUCAUAUUACACAAGAAGUUGUUAUUUUAUUUAAGUUCAUUGUACUUUAGAUAGUGUAUAUAGUACACCAGAUAUAGAAUACUUGAGCAAUGAAAAAAUUACAUCAAUGAGUAUGAUUAAAACGGACAGACUUUAUUACUUAUUUUUAUUUAAAUCAUGAUACAAAAAACAUUUAGAACAAUUUUCUUCAAAAUUCUACUUUAUUCCUAAAUCUAGAACAUAAUCUACCAAGUCUCGUAAGUUAGAGCUUUAAUACAAGCCGUCGGAGAUUCAUGGUUUAUUCCCGAAUUUACCUAAACUACAACUUUAACAUCUACCCCUCCGUAUAAUGUAGAAAGUGUAUUCCAUGUUGCACAAUGCCUUCCAACUUGCAAGGAAUUUUGUAAGAUACGUCAAACGACCCACGAAGUAUUGUCUCGAUUCAUCAUUUUGUUUUUUUUUUUUUUACUUCAAAACGUCUAAUUUUUAUCGCGUCUGUUUUUUACUUCACACUGCUCCAAAAUUAUAGAAUAUCUAUAAAUGUGUCUGUAUGAGAUAUUUCAUCUCUUUUGUACCCACAACCGGGAGCUUUUUCCAUUUCAAACUAUAUAUAAUACUGAUGUGUAUACGUUGAUAGAGCGCGCGGCAUAUCUCGAGAGAAAGAUUAAAGGGGACCAACUCGUCUGCGCUCCGUUGGUAUCAAAUAGUCGCGAAUUUUUUCUCAUCUAAAGUGUUUGCAUAUUAUAUUUGUCUCACAGCUUCCAUUUGAAGCGGAAACCAUUUAAGUUUCGAGAGAGAAUUUUAUAUAAAACAUAAAAAAACGUUUUUAAUGCUAGAAAAAUGUUGAGUGGAAAUUCAUAUCGUCUUCUUAACUGGAAAGCAUGGAAAAAUAUUCGCAAGUUCUGCAGCAAUGCCCGGAAGGUUCCUGAACUCACAAAGGAUCGUUAUCCGGUAACGCGAGGACAAUACGCUGAACUAUCCUCAGAUGAUAUAUCAAAGUUCGAAGGAAUUGUAGGAAAAGGUCGUAUGAUUGUUAAUCCGGUCGAUGUUGAACCCCAUAACAUUGACUUCAUUGGUUGCGUACGUGGAUACAGUCGUGUAGUUCUCAAACCUAAAACAACGCAACAAGUUUCAGAGAUCCUCAAGUAUUGCAAUAGUCGCAAGAUUGCUGUAUGUCCUCAGGGAGGGAAUACAGGGUUAGUCGGUGGAUCUGUACCAGUAUUCGACGAAGUUAUCCUUUCUACGCAAAAUAUGAAUGAAAUUGAGACAAUUGACCAAGUUUCUGGUAUCCUUGUGUGCCAAUCAGGAUGUAUUUUGGAGCAAUUGGAUGAGAAGGCACAUGAAAAUGGACUGUGUAUGCCUCUGGACUUGGGAGCAAAAGGUUCCUGUCAUAUUGGCGGGAAUGUGUCCACAAAUGCUGGAGGAUUGAGACUUCUUCGAUACGGAAACUUGCAUGGAUCGGUAUUGGGAGUAGAAGUGGUUAAAGCUGAUGGGACUGUUUUGGAUCUGAUGAGCAAUUUCAAGAAGGAUAACACAGGAUACCAUCUGAAACAUCUUUUCAUCGGAUCCGAAGGAACGCUCGGAAUUAUCACAAAAGUCGCAAUUUUCUGUCCAACAGCCUCAAAAGCAGUCAAUUUAGCUUUUCUCGGCGUUGAAAACUAUGAAAAUGUAAUGAAAACAUUCCUACAAGCUAAACAAGAACUCGGAGAGAUUCUAUCAGCUUGUGAAAUGAUUGAUGCCGAAUCCCUAAAAUGCAGCACAAAACCUUUCAACAAAUCUUCACCUAUUGCUGAUUAUCCUUUUUACAUGCUAAUUGAAACUUCGGGCAGUAAUGCUGAACACGAUGAGGAGAAAUUACAUAAUUUCCUCAAUAAUUCAAUGAAUUCUGGCAUAGUUCUCGAUGGAACUACAACAAAUGAGUCCAAAAAAAUGAGAGAUAUUUGGUUUUUGCGAGAAAGAAUUGCGCCUGGGAUUCUAAUGGAUGGUUUCUGCUUCAAAUACGAUCUUUCCCUGCCUUUGAAGCAGUUUUACGACAUAGUUCCAGCUAUGACGGAACGUGUUGGGAGUCUUGCCACACGAGUUUGCGGAUAUGGGCAUAUUGGUGACUCAAAUUUGCAUCUUAACGUGAGUUGUCCGGAAUUUACUCAGGAAAUUUACAAACGUGUAGAACCGUUCGUGUAUGAAUUCACACACAAAUUGAAGGGCAGCGUAAGUGCUGAGCACGGAAUAGGAUUCCUAAAGCCGAACUACUUGAAAUACUCAAAAGGUCCAGAAGCUCUGGAUUUGAUGCAACAGAUGAAGACGCUUCUGGAUCCAAAUGGGAUACUUAAUCCAUAUAAAGUCUUGCCGAAAAGAUUGUAAAAUGUAAAAUGUAAAAGAUAUAAAUCAUUUGUUAUUAUUUUGUUUGUUAUUAAAUUUGAUUGUUAUUUUUUAUGUUAAUAAAAAUGAAAUUUAAAACAUG